AUGCUUGCCGCGCUCCUGAGCACAUGGAUCACCACCGUGCUCAACUCCUACCAAACCAAGUUCGGCAAGGGUGCAAGCCUCAGCCAAGUAGAAAAGGACCCAAAUUCGCCACGGAUUCAAGCCGCUCUUUCUGGAAUUCUCGUCACAUGGUUCAUUUACCGGCCUCUCUACAUCUUUACGCUUUCCCUCGUCAAGCUCUCCAUUCUUACAUUCUAUCGUACCCUCGUUCCCCCCUCCCCUCUUUUCCGCUCGUUUCGAUACACGGUCUACGUGCUCAUAAUCUUCACUAUUCUCCACUCCCUCUCAAUGACAGCAGUAUCAAUCUUUCAGUGCACACCCGUAUCGGCCGCCUAUUCCGUUUCCUCUUCAUUUUCACAAAUUCUCGGGCAGAGCAGAUUCCCCCAACCACGCUGCUACAAGCCGAAUAUUAUCUGGGUUUCCAACGCCAUCAUCAACUUCGCUACCGACAUCGCCAUCUUCCUGCUUCCCAUCCCAAUUAUUGCCUCGCUCGGAAGCAUGACGUUCCGGAAAAGACUUCAACUGUUUUGCGUUUUGUCUAUUGGCACGCUGGCUAUUGCCGCCAGUGGGGUCCGGAUGUGGAUUCUGGUCUUGUGGGCCAAGGACGUACGCAGUCGGAAUAAGUUUGGCACGGAUUUACUGACGUGGGGCCAAGUCGAGGAGUUGCUUUGA